AUGGAUGCCAGUGAAAAUAAACAUUUCAUGUUAAAUAACAAAUUCGAUGGUUGUAUCCCGCUCAAACACUUGUUUGGAUUUUGUGAAGAUUAUAAAAAAAUACUACUCAACUGUAAUCAACAAAUAAUUUUAAACAGAUCAUCUACAGAUUUUGAUGCGUUGUAUGUUUUGACGACAACUCCUAAUGAAAAACUUAAAAAAGUAGCCAUUGAAUUAAAUAAAAUUAUCUGGAAGAUGCCCAUCAUCAGAGUUAGUGAUAAAGAAAAAAUAAAACUGUUAAAAGUAUUAGACUCUCGUAAACCAGUUGCUUGUGCGUUCAGAAAUUGGGACUUGUGCGAUUUGUUGGAGAAACCUAGAUUUGCAUUAAUCGGACUUCAAACCGAUCGAAAAAAUAAUUUAUUUAAUCCAUCAGGACGAUUCGAUCACUGCUAUUUGAAAAACCUAAAAGUACAUUUAAACUCUGAAGUAUAUCCAUAUGAAGAUUUUCGUGCAGAUUUCACAAACAAUGUUACUGCUAUAUUGUACAAGGCAUAUGCUGAAUUCCAGAAAUCGUACUACGAGAGAGAGUAUAGUGACCCUUUACUUCCUAAAAAUAUUUUUCAACAAUUUGUACCAAUCGUAUUCGUGGAUUUAUCACGACAGAAUGACAACGUAAAAUCAUCGACUGUAGAUUUACGAAUUGAAUUCGAAACAGACAAGGCCAUUCCAGCAAAAACCGCAGCUUAUUGUCUCAUUUUACACGAUCAAAUUAUAACUUAUAACCCGUUUAAUGGUGAUGUAAGGAAAUUGUAA